AUGGAGUACAAUAAGCAGAGAAUAGUGUUAGUUGUGGUGUACUUGAUGAUGCUAAUGUGGAGCUGUUGUUACAGCCAGGCCCAGCUGAGAAGCGACUUCUACUCGGAAAGCUGUCCCUCACUGUUCCCUGCGGUGAGACAGGUGGUGCAACGGGCGGUGGCCAAAGAGCCCCGCAUGGCUGCUUCUCUCCUCCGUUUGUUCUUCCACGACUGUUUCGUAAACGGGUGUGACGGAUCCAUAUUGUUGGACGACACUUCCUCUUUCGUGGGAGAGAAAACCGCAGGACCAAACAAUAACUCUGUGAGAGGAUUCGAAGUGAUCGACAGAAUCAAGUCGAGGGUUGAGAGACUCUGCCCAGGCGUCGUCUCAUGCGCAGACAUUGUCGCCAUCACUGCUCGUGACUCUGUCCUCCUCCUAGGUGGGCCCAAAUGGAGCGUGAAGCUUGGAAGAAGAGACUCCACAAAGGCGAACUUCAAGGCGGCCAACUCAGGCGUCAUCCCUCCUCCGUCCUCUACUCUCAAAAACCUCAUCAACCGUUUUAGAGCACAAGGUUUGUCUACACGUGACAUGGUCGCCCUCUCUGGUGCACACACCAUUGGACAAGCGAGGUGCGUCACUUUCAGGAACCGUAUCUACAACCAAAGCAACAUCGACCUUUCUUUCGCCUUGUCUAGACGGAGGAUCUGCCCCGCUGCGUCUGGCUCCGGCGACAACAACGCAGCUGUUCUUGACCCUCGUUCUCCUGGAAGGUUCGACCUCAGCUACUACAAGCAGCUAAUCAAACAGAGGGGUCUGCUUACGUCAGACCAAGUCCUUUUCAACGGCGGUUCCACUGACUCACUAGUCGUAGCCUACAGCCGCAGUCUCUACGCCUUCUACAGCGACUUCGUAAGAGCUAUGAUUAGGAUGGGCGAUAUCAGGCCCCUCACCGGAUCCAAUGGUCAGAUCCGUCACAACUGUCGCAGGCCCAAUUGA